AUGCCCAGUUCUGAAGAAGAAAAAUGGCUACUGAGGUCCUCCGACAAAGACCCUAACAACAUUCCAAAUGAGUAUGAGAUUACUGAGCCAAAGCACAUUUCAGGGCCUUAUUCAGUUGUUUUCAAGGAUGUAGCAAGAAGUAGUGAGGCUGAACCUUACCAGGCAGUAGUUCCAACAAAGACGAGCUCCCAAGAAAUUCUCAACGACAACGUACCGGUUUCUGUUUUAACCAGUCAACACGAAGAGGAAGUCUUUAACCUGGUACCAUCAGUCCUACCCACUGAUAUCGCGUCUCCGCAUCUUGAAGAAGACAAUUGCCAGGUACCCACAGAUGAUUCGGAUGAGCUGCAUCAAAAAGAGGCGACCGAUACAACUCAAGUAAUGAAAGAAAGACUGCCACCAGGACAAAUAAGCCUGGUUGAAUCUUCUUCAGACAGAUCCUCAAAACAUGUUAAAGAAGUACAUGCAGACGCACAGCAAACGCAACGAUCAGGUGGGGAAAUCAUUUCGAUUAGUUGGUUCCCUGUGGACGGCAGUGACAAGCAUACGCCAAAGGGUUUGGAUAGUGCCAAACAAACUGAGUGUAGCGAUAAGAAAUAUGAACCAAUGCACUUAAGCGACACAAAGCUAAGCCAGAGCUCGGAACUGCUGGGGGAACUCGAGAAUCACCUACUCAUACGUCAACCCAGACUUGACAAGUCUGAUUUCUUUAAUUCCUUUGAUAAACCGAUUGAUCUUGAGGCACUGAAUCAAACCGACUUCUCGCCCCAACCAACACAACUGCCAGAACAACUGCUGCUAACUUCAAAAGAGCUCGCAACAACUUCUUUAGCCAUGGGCCUGGACAAACUAUAUACUGAGCGAAAGCUAUCGCGGAUAUCUUCAAGUUCCUUGAAGUCUAUUUCUCAAAGAAAUACUGGUCGACAAAUCUCAGAUGGCAAAUAUUUAAUAGAAGUCAGCACGGAAAUUAGGCCCCAGCCUAGAUUCAGCGACAAUAAUACCAAUCAACAAAGCCACACGACAGAAAAGCGCAAAUAUUCGAAGUCUAGUUCGGCAAAAGUUAGUAAUCACAGUGCAAGAAUAAAUGGUGAUGAAUAUUUAGACAACGGAGCUACUUCCGCUGAGCUCAUAGGUGACAGCCAGGUGCCAAAAGCUUUAUUCAUGCCACAGGCGAAUGAAUGUGAUCAAUCGUUUUCCCCCGCUAGAAAUGAAAACGGAAAACAAGUUACAGCACAAGAAGUUGCCGACCAUAUUAAGGUACCGUUUGCAGCGAUGUUUCAGUUCACAGGACAGCAGAGUCAUCCCUUCCCAUUGAAUCCACAGACUUCGGGCACCGGUCACGCUUCGGACGUUAACGUGUGGAUCACGCAACAUUGGCCACACCUUCUCGUACCAGCCCCCGUAGCACCUGUACUUGAAACUCCCCUAUCGAGCGUCACUGCUGGAAAUCCACUGAUGGCGUCAGAUGCCCAUAAACGGCAGGAUAGCAUGAGCCCAUACGUCUAUCCAGACAUUGGAUGUAUGGUCAACUUUACGCAAGAUCCAACGAGCGGGCUUGGCUGUCCGGUAAGAUCGGACAUCUGUGUGUAUCACACCCCUCUUAUUGGGCACUACCUAAUAGGAACCGCAAAUGGCGUCCAAGCCCAACAAAUUUCUGGUGGUCCGCCACUCACAAGCUCGGAGCCCCAACAGCCAAAUAUCCACUUAGCUCAGCGUGUAGCUGGUGACCUCUAUGCAUGCCCUUUCGGACCGUUCUACUCAUGGAUACAAAUUGGACCACAAGGUGUGUCAGUGAUGAGUAGUGUGGGGCAACAAGGUGGCCUGAUACCAAGCGAACUUCCAUCAACUUGGGGUCAGAUUGUGUCGAAACCAGAAGAGCUAACAAAUCCAAGCGAGCGGCAACUGCCGAGCAAGCUACCAAACCAUGAGGCGACAGCAGCGAAUGAUCAGAGUCAACACCUGCAAGAACAGACACCACUUGAUAUUGAUAAAAGUAUUUUGACAGCUUGUCCUCAACCCGUUCACAACUAUAUCGAACCCAAAUUCACCCCCAAACAAAAUGAAGCUGAUUUGUAUCUAAUGCCCGAAAAACCCAUACAUUCAGCUGAUGAUUACACCAAGCAGCCAGAGCCGUUCAAGUCCGAACCCACUAGGAACCAAUCACGACCGGCUGAGGGGAAGUUGGAUAAGGCAUCAAAGUCAAGUAGGUCUCCAAAAGAUUCGGGAGGAGGAAAACUUUUAACUAAGCCUUUAGAAGACAUCGCCACCGAGCAACUGGAGGUACUGAAUUUGAAGUUGAAUAAGAGAUCUCCAGAAGCCCGUGAGAUAAGAACGUCUGAUAGCCCACGAUUACUAGCAAAAGCUCCGGAAGAUCUGACUAUAACCAAUGCAGCAGAGAGAAAACUAUUGCAAGAAAAAGAUAGUUUGGAUGUAGAAAAACCAUCUGGUUCACUUAUAGACAUAAUGAGAGAAAUGCCCACUACCAGAAUAGAUAGCAUUCGGUUGCGUGCAGCAGUCUUGUCAGAUUUAGCCAUAACCAAAGCAAUGCAAGAGAAACUCUUGCAUGACAGGAGCAGAUUGGACGUCAAGAAACCAGAUGGCUCACUUAUUGAUGCAACCAAUGAUAUUCACAACGUUAAAAUCCAUAAACAACUAACUUUAGAUGCGCUACGGAAAAUGCGGGACGUAAAACCUGAACCUCAGACAAACGAAAUUCAUAAAAAACCUGUUCUUCGUAUUCAAAGUUCUGAUGCGGGUGAAACGACUCAUACUAGCCUAAGUUCUCCCUCCAUAGAAGCCGUAAAUGAUUUGAUGGAACAGAUAACUUCACAAAAAUUACCUUCAACAGAGCAUCACGAACGCAAGGCAAGCACGUCUUCAGUGAAAACCGAGUAUAACAUGUCCAAACCAAAACCAACAGGUGCACUAACUACAGAAGAACGUGAUCUUUCGGAGCAUUAUAGGCAAGUGACGCAGUUGCGACCAACAGGAAGCGUUGUGUCAAUCAAAUCCAGGUAUGAAUCAUUGAAUCGAAAGCCUUUCGACACACUAACACCAGAUGAAUGUGAGUUUCUGAAGCAGUACAGAAAAAUAAUGCGGUCACAUCCCAUAGCAAGCACUUCGUUUAUGAAAGCAAGAUAUAAAUUAUUAAAACAAAAGGCCCCGGACUCAUUAACUUCAGACGAAAAAGAGUUUUUGAGGCAGUUCAAGAGAUUGAUGAAGUUAGCCUUAGCAGGAAGUGUUUCUUCAAUGGAGACCGCAAACAAGUUGCUUCAACAAAAUCCGACGCACGCAUUAAGCUCUAAUGAGGUUCACUUUCUGGAAGACUUCGAACAAAUGGCCCAGUUUGACCAGGCAUCUUUUGAAGCUAAGCCUCUUGUGCUAAAGUCCUCUUUGCCUGAAGCCCCCUCCAAAGAACAGAUUCACGAACUCGAUCGCCUGUCGUCAUUUUCGGUCUCCGAGGCUCGCACAUCUACUUCUAGGAAACCCGAUUCUCCAGAGUUACUUACAAGCGAAAGUCUACCUACUACGUCGACCUCUGGUGCAAACCAGGCUCAAACAAUAAAUACCCUUGGCAACCAAGACGAAGUCACCCAUGGUAUGGCAAAGUCUGGUCUUUCAGAAUGUCAGAUUGGGCCUUGGUCAUUAAAUUUAACUCCUACAACAAAAAUGCUUAUGUCUGAAGAUCUGAUGAACACAACUUUGACACUCUACAAACACAAUGAUUACAUUGGUCCACCAACUAGUGACCGAUACCCAACGUUCAUUCCCUGCCCCUGUGAAUCACAGUAUCUGGAAAAUCUCAUUGCGUUAAACCCCCCGACCAUACAGUUUUGGCCAUGGCCUAUGAAUUCAACAGACGCGUUUUCCGAAGAUUGUGAAGAAAAUGCCGGUUCAAAACAAGUAGAUCUACAGUCACGUGAAAAAGACGCACCCGCAUCUUCGUACCCUGAUGCUUCAAAUAAUCACGGAGCAUUCAGUACUUCGGAGGAUGUACCAUCCAUCCUAACCUCCACAGGUAAAAUGAACUUCAGUAAUGCCCAGUCUACUGCCACCAAUAAACAUACUCAACGUGAAUAUGAAAAGCUCAGUUGUGCAGUCCUGUGUCCAAAUUUACUUGAUCGGAUUUGGUCACCUUCCAGCUACAUACGUCAACGGACAUGCAAAAAUCGAAUUGGACAAGAGGGACGAAGAAUGCAAGCUGCUUCGGGUACCUACAAUCACUGCUUUGGGACACCGUCAGCGGAGGUUCAACCGGGGUUUAGAGUGAAACCAAGCGUUACUGGAAACCACGUACCACCACCGUCAAGCCUCGUAACUUCUGCAAGCAAACAACGUCUAAAUUUCAAAGCCAACCAGAGGACAUUCCUUGCAUCAUGUUCAUUGUCUUCAGUUGACACAGAUCCUAAUUUUGACGAUGACGUUGAUUGUUUGGUGAAUCUUACUCUGCCUCCGUAUUAG